AUGUUCCUCGACUGGCUACUCUGCUGUUUCAAAUCUUGCGUCUCAACCGAAAGAGUGGACGUCGAUUUGGCCACGCCGAUUACCGACCGCAAUCCCAACCCGAUGCCGCUAUCAGCUCCGGCAGGUCCAAGCAAUUCUCAUAGGCCAAACAAGAGUGCGCUGUCCUCUGGAUCUGGGGCAGUUCAACGACCAUCGGGGCGAAGAACACCCGAAAUGAGCAUGGCACCUGGGCAGAGGGUUGUCACAUCUUCGACCAACGUUGUGUCCAGUCACUCAGAACAGGUCCCACAAGGGACCGUGCGUCGCGACGGUGCGAUUCCUCGACCUCCAAUGUCAUCGACGGUUGCAAGCAGAGAUGCACAACGACAAUUCUUACCGUUAAGGACAACAAACGGCGACUCGAAAGAUUUGAGCCGUCCUGGAAGCCAGGUAGAAACGUCUUCGUCACAGCCCACGUCUAGCAUUUCACUCCUUGGACGUGCGAGCGCGGAAACACGGAGCAUCACAAUGUCGACGUCAGCUUCAACUGAGUCUCCCGUUGCGCAGGGAGCGACGACGACGGAGGUCAGAAACAGCACGGGUCGCCUUGUGGAUAGAGAUAGCGAAGACGCGCGCCAGGGCCAUGUGGGUACGGAUUCUCCUAGAUCUGCGAAGCCAGAAACCGAAGAGGCUGCGAUAAGCGGGGACGCCAACCAUGACAUCGAAACACGUUCGAAUGGGCGGGCAGUACAAGACACGCUUGGAAGCCGGCCGACACAAGGACAGAGGCGGGCAUCGUAUGAUGAUCGUGGUACAGGCGCUCAAGACCCAUCAUCGCCAGCCUCCCCAAGCGCGAGGGCAGAGUCUGGGGGAACUGCCACCGUCACUCCGCGCAGUCGGACGCCAGGCCAAGACGAGGAGGUUGUGUUGUUGAAUCGUAUUUCCAGCGUGCAAGCAGAGAUCAGUCAGAUCCGCACAGCCUCUGGUGUCGUCGACGGAGAAGGGUCCGUCACCAGCCCAGAGGUGGUACAACGCAUCGCUUCGAUGGAGUCUAUUUUGGUAAAGAUGCAGGCGCAAUUAGGACAGCUGAACCAGCACUUGGGGAGGGACGUUGAGCCGCCGCCAUACGCCAGAAGCGCAUGA